AUGGAUCUUGCCCAAAAGUUUGACAAGGCCUCUGAUGCCCUCAAAUGCAUUGACAUGCACACGACAGGCGAGCCUACACGAAUCAUAUACUCUGGGUUUCCUCAACUCCAUGGCACCCUCUUAGAACAGCGAGAUCAAGCCAAAACCAAGUACGACAACAUCCGGAAACGAAUCAUGCUCGAGCCGCGAGGCCACUUCGACAUGUACGGUGCGAUAAUGAUCACCGAUACAGAGCUUGUUCAGAGCGGAGAAGCCCAUAUAGGGACCCUCUUUACACACAAUGGGGGCUUCUCUACCAUGUGCGGUCAUGCUACUAUCGCAUUGGGGCGCUUCCUCGUCGAUACUCAUGACCUGAGCGUCUUUCCCAAACGAGAUGAACUAAAAGUUGAUCCAAAGACUCAGACUGUCGAUGUCAACAUUCAUGCCCCUUGUGGCUUGAUUCGUGUCACUGUUCCCACCACCAUAGAUGGUCGAGAGUCCGAUCCCUCGCGCCCAGUGACAUUCGUUUCAACACCUGCGUAUGCUGCAGCAAUCAGGCUGACCAUUCCCAUUCCCCCUGAAAAACAAUGGGCUGAGCUUGAGGGUCGAGAUUCAAUUACUCUAGACAUAGCUUAUGGGGGUGCUUUCUAUGCGUUGAUCGAUGCCAAAGAGCUUGGUUUCAGCGGUCUGAGUAAGAUCGAUUUAUCAUCAAUUGGGAACGUUGUCAAAGGCCUCAAGGCUUACUUGGAAGCCCAACCGGACGUCAUCCAGGCUCUGCAACACCCUGAGGAUCAACGACUGUCUUUCCUUUACUCCAUCAUGGUCGUGGACCAGGGCAUUGGAUCAAGACCACCUGGAGCGGCCGGUGCGGAGACGGGGCUCUGUUUCUUUGCAGAGAACUCAGUGGAUCGAUCUCCAACGGGCUCUUGCGUUACUGCUCGUAUGGCCCUUGCCCAUGCGAAGGGUCUGAGGCCUUCUGAUCAAAUCUGGGCCUACAAUUCUCUGGUAUCGAACCGCUUCGAUACUGGGGCAUUCACCGCAACAAUUGUCGAGGAGGGGAUUUUACUUCGGGGGGAUAAUGGCCCGGACAGACAGGCAGUGCUUGUGCGCGUGGAAGGAAAGGCUUAUUAUACCGGUGCACUUACAUUCAUUGUUGAGAAAGACGAUGUGACCAGCGAAAGUGGAUUCACUAUGGGAGAGUGCUCAGGUUGA